AUGCGUGCCGCCCAAGAAAUUACUUCUCAAGCCUCAGCAGCAAGUGAUUAUUCGCCUGCUGUUGCAAGGGAGCAACACGCAGUGCCUGUUGCUACUUUGACACGUGGUGAGUCACCACGUGCUACAGAUGCAUCCGCUGCGUCUGCAGCAGAUGCUGCGACUCACAAUUUGGAUGAGCCUGAAACCGAGCUCAUCUAUUCCGGCGAGUCUAAUGCAUCGUUCGAGUCGAAGGCGGCGCCUCCUGCCUUCGGAUGA